GCAAAAUUAUAUUUAGGCCACACAAUGGUACUACGGAUCGCAUUUGAACCGACCUUUAAAUAAACAAAUUUCCAUUGAUUAAUGAACAUCAUUUACUAAAAAACAUUUAUUUAUAUUUUUUAAAGGAAGGUUCUGGAAACGCGUCGUGUAGUCUUACCGAGCGGACAACAAGCUUCAUGCUGCUCCGGCUUGCUCGGAUCAGGUAGCGGUAGCACUAACGAUACUACUCAUUAAAGGAUUGUUAAGGAAGGAAUUAAAUCAAUAAACAAUGAACCAAAAUAAAAAUAAUGGAAAUGGGAAUCGGAUUGGGUCAAGCGAAUACGAAUUAGUAAAUUAGUAGCAACGUCAAAUUUGUCGAAAAAAAUUUUGAUGCUUACUGUAAUUAGCUGCACUCUGUUGCUAUUAGCGUUUUAACUUUUACAAAUGUUUCGUGAUAAUUGUGAAGUAGCCAUGGAAUACUACCGUGAUAUUUAUGUGGAUCCGCUUUCGUUUUCGUUUAUAAUUUAAAUUAAAAUUCGCGAAAAAUAAAAACGAACGAAACGAAAAGUUAUAGCAUCGUUAUAAGUUUACCGCUAGUCGAAUAUAGCGUUAUGUAUUUUACUGGCAACAUCUUUGCUCGCGCAUGUCAAACACAUCGCAUCAAUUUAUGAGUCGCGUCGGUGCGGUCGACAUUUUUGAGGUAGACGACAAUGGAAACCGGUUUAAUGUCUUGAAAUAGUGUUACAUUUGAGUAAAUUACGUGAAAAGUGUACCUCAAAAUGACGGGAACGAUAAUAGAAAAUCUAAGCGGUCGAAAACUAGCCGUAUUAGUCACGUUUCUUUUGUUAUGUCAAGUUACGUGUUUUCUCAUCGGAGGUCUAAUCGCUCCCACGCCUGCUAAUGCCCAGAAUAUUCUCGGUACAGUAUGCAAGGACACGACUACGAUGAAAAACGACACGAAAACAUGGUUUUACAAUCGCGGCAAAGGUUCGUGUAAAACGGUCGAUCUCGGCGACAUGCAUCAAGAUUUGUCUGAGACGGAUGUUGUUUUCGCUUUCCAAAUGCCGGUGCCUCGCGACAGCAGAACUUUAGACUUCUCCAGAUGGCAACAGAAUUUAAUCGGCGUCUUACAAGCCGAUUUGAAGUAUCAUUCGCAAAUGGAAGUAAAACCUAGAAGUACUAUAACAAUCGACGCGCGGCUCGCGUACAAAAACAAAGGCGAUGCGGACGACGCGUGGAAACUUUACACUCAAUCGGUAGAAAAACGACAUUUGGACUGCGAUAUUGAUUUGAAAACUGAAGAAUAUUUGUACAAUUGCUCGGCUAUUCCACUAUUUGAACUAGGUUCAUUGUACCAUGAUUUUUAUCUACUUAAUAUUCGACUGCCAGUUGAUUCACCCAGUAUGAAUACCAACAUAGGGCAUAUACAAGAUCUGUGGCUCACGGUAAUCAAUCAAAAUGGAGGUUUUACUAAAGUAUGGUUGUCAUUAAAAACUAUUUUCUUCCCAUGUAUCAUUGGAAUAUUAACCUGGUUUUGGAAUCGCAUACAUAUGCUACAAAGAAAGCCCGUUUUAUUAGAAAAAAUGCUUUUAUGUCUUGGUAUCGCAUUGUGCUUUCUUAACAUGCCAUUUGAAUAUUUAACACUCCAUUUUGAUCUUCCAUUCAUGCUACUUUUAGGGGAUAUAAAGCAAGGAGUUUUUUAUGCGACACUGUUUUCAUUUUGGCUCAUUUUUGCUGGUGAGCACAUGUUAAUACAAGAUGCAUCGGCACAAAGCUCUUUAAAACAAUAUUGGAGACAUUUGAGUGCAGUUGCAAUGGGUUGCAUCUCGUUGUUCAUAUUUGACAUGUGCGAGAGAGGUGUCCAGCUAAGAAAUCCAUUUUACUCCAUCUGGGUGACUGAUAUUGGUACAAAUCUGGCUUUGACAUUUAUAAUACUUGCCGGGAUAUCUACUGGAGUGUACUUUUUAUUUUUAUGCUACAUGGUUUGGCAAGUUUUCAUCAAUAUAUCUCAGAAACGCCAAUCUCUACCGACUAUGUGUAGUGUCAGACGUUUACACUAUGAGGGGAUUAUAUACCGCUUCAAAUUUUUAAUGUUGGCAACUUUGCUGUGCGCUGCAUUAACUGUAAUCGGAUUUAUACUUGGACAAGUUGCGGAAGGCCAAUGGAAGUGGGAUGAGAGCAUUGAGCUGGAAUAUACUUCAGCAUUCUUCACUGGAGUGUACGGGAUGUGGAAUAUUUAUAUAUUUGCUCUAUUGGUACUGUACGCACCAAGUCAUAAGCGUUGGCCAGUCAAUGAGAGUACAUCGGAUACUCAGAAUUUGAGCGAGGAAAUUGAGUUUAGUCCAUUACCGAGCGAACACAACAGUGAGAUUUCAUCGCUUACAUCUUUCAUUAGAAAGACAACUGUCGAUUGAAUAUGUAACUUUUUUUAAUUUUUUAAUAUUUGGCUUUUCUUGCCCCUAUUUUUAAGCAAUACCAGUAUUAUGUAAGGUCUCUUAAUAUUUUUUAAAUUCCAUAUUUAAUCUUAUAUAUUAAGGCUUGUAGUUAUUUAUU